AUGGCCACUACUCGCAUCGAGAAGGACAGCCUUGGCGAGUUAGAACUGCCCGGUGAUGUCCUGUUCGGGAUCAACACCGCCCGCUCUCUCCAGAACUUCCCCAUAUCCGGAAGAACCAUUGCCAGCUUCCCGGAGUACGUCGACGCGUUUGUGACAAUCAAGGAGGCCGCCGCCCUCGCAAACCAUGAGAUUGGCUGCUUGCCAGCCGACAAGGCGGACGCGAUACAAGCCGCGUGCCGCGAAAUCAGGUCUGGCAGGUACAACGCCCACCUGGUCGUGGACAUGCUCGAGGGCUCCGGGGGCACCUCGACCAACAUGAACUUCAACGAAGUCAUUGCCAACGUGGCAGCCAAGAUGUCGGGCCGCGAAAUCUCCGACUACAGCUUCGUGCACCCCAACGACCAUGUCAACCUCGGCCAGUCCACCAACGAUGUCAUGCCUAGUGCGAUGAAGCUCGCCAUAUACCGCGCCAUGAGCACGCCACUGCAAACACUGCGCCAGCUUGCCAACAGCUUCGGCAAGCGGCGCGAAGAGUAUGCCUCCCUAUUCCGCCUAGGCAGGACUUGUCUCCAGGACGCACAGCCCAUGACUCUGGGCCAGGCACUGGGUGGGUAUGAGGCAGUCGUGCGCCGCCAUCUCGCCCAGCUCGAGACGUUGCGGGCCAGCCUGCUGGCAAUCCCCCUCGGGGCCACCGCCAUCGGCACGGGCUUCGGCUCCAGACCGGGCUACAAGGAUGCCGUCUUCCGACACCUCGGGGAGCUCUUUGACGCCCCCGUGGACGGCAGCGGCAAUCCCUUUGACGGUCUCCAGAAUCUCGACACGUGUGCCCGCCUGUCUGGGGAGCUGCGCAACACGGCAAACACGCUCUGGAAGGUGGCCAACGACUUUGUCAUCCUCUCCUCCGGCCCGGCGGGUGGGCUCGCCGAGAUCACGCUGCCCUCUGUGCAGGCCGGAUCGUCCAUAAUGCCGGGCAAAGUCAACCCCGUCAUCCCCAUGGCCGUCCAGCAGGCCGCAUUCGCCAUCACCGGCAACGACGCCACGGUUGCACUUGGCUGCCAGCAGGGCCUGCUCGAGAUCAACCAUUUCGAGCCGGUCGUGUGCGACCGGUUGCUGGACAGCAUCCGGCUCCUGGCCGCGGCGGCAGACAUCUUUGCCCGCCGGUGCGUGGAUGGGCUCGUCGCCAACGAGGACGUGUCGCUGAAGCACCUGCUCGCCUCGUCUGCACUAGCUACUGCUCUCGUGCCCGAGCUGGGCUACGCGCAGGUCUCGAGCAUUGUCCGGUCCUCGCUCAGCCAGCAGCGCUGUUUCCUGGACGUGGCUGUAGAAAAGGGCCUUCUUCAGAGGGACGAGGUGCUUGACGUGCUCAAGCGGUCAGUGGAUGGUGGUGGUAGUAGUAGUAGCAAGGGCUCCAAGGAGGAGAACGGGGUCUCUUCGUCAUAGAAUAUGGUAUGGUUUUGGGAGGUAAAAGUGGAUUCUGAAGACUUAUUUACGUUACGCUAUGCCCGUGAGCGCCCUUGGUCGCCCCCUCGUGCACCGUCAGUCUGGAGAGAAGGGUCGCACAUGGUGAACUAGACCUGUUUGUCAAC